AAGAAGCUUGUGACGUCAUCCAACCUGCGACGGGAGGACGUCGCAUGUAACAUUUUGUUGCAAAUAAUGCCCGGUUUUCACUUUAUUGGCUAAUUCUACUGACCACGGCCACAGCGGUCAAGUUAAGGUUUGUGUCGUUUUCGGGUUGAGACGUACAUGGUGUUACUAAUGUAGGUUUUGUGGGAAGGAGUUGGCGAAACUUUAGUGUGCCGCUCAUCGAGGAAGAAGCGUCCUCGGUGUUUUGUUGCCUGGCAGAAGAAGAAGAUGUGAUUUAGUGUUGGUGAUUGUGCGGGACGAGGAGGAGGAGGAGGACAGACGGAAGGUCUGACUUUUGCAGCGGGAUGGAAACUUGGACUCCAAACCCCCGCGCUAAGCCUUUCAUUCCCCGCCAGCAAAGAAGCCUUUACCUCACCUGGAAAUACAAACUGACCAAUAGGAGGACGAUUCGCCGCUGUUGCCAGGCUGGAGCUGUGCUGUUUCUCCUGGUAACUGUCUUAGUCAACAUUAAACUCAUCCUGGACACCAGAAGAGUAGUUAGUGAAGAUGUUGCAGCUCAAGAAUAUGAGGAUGUGUUGCCAAACGUGGCGACUCCUCGCAGACCGGCGAAUGGACGCAAGGUUCUAGACAUUGAAGCGUACUCCAGUCGCUCCAAAGUGUACGUGGCAGUGGAUGGAACCACGGUGUUGGAGGAUGAUAUGCGCGAGCAAGGCAGAGGCAUUCAUGUAAUUGUCCUCAACCAGGCUACAGGUCAUGUGAUGGCCAAGAGGAUAUUUGACACCUACUCUCCUCACGAGGAUGAAGCCAUGAUCCUCUUCCUCAACAUGGUGACCCGAGGUCGAGUUCUCAUCUUUACUAUCAAGGACGAGGGUACGUUCCACCUGAAGGAUGCUGCUAAAAACCUGCUGAAAGGUCUGGGCAGUCAGGUGUCUCUCAACCUCAGCUGGAGGGACAUGUGGACUCUGGUGGUGAAGAAAGGAGGUCAGGUGUAUGGCGAAAAGCAUUCAAAGUCUCCUGCUCUCUCCACCUGGGGUGAUCCAGUACUUCUUAAAACGGAGGUGCAGCUCACUGCCUCUGAAGAGGCAGAGUGCCACUGGGCAGAUACGGAGUGGAACAGGCGGAGGAAGCUCUUCUGCAGCAAAGUGGAAGGAUACGGAAGUAUCUGCAGUUGCAAAGACCCAGCACCCAUUGAAUUUAACCCAGAACCUCUGCCCACUAACCACGUCUUCAAUGUACCAGUAGCAGUCAUCGCUGGUAACCGACCCAACUAUCUCUACCGGAUGCUUAGGUCUCUCCUUUCAGCUCACGGUGUUAACCCACAGAUGGUCACAGUCUUCAUUGAUGGAUAUUAUGAGGAGCCGAUGGAUGUGGUGGAACUGUUUGGACUGAAGGGAGUUCAGCACACACCAAUCAGCAUCAAGAAUGCUCGAGUAUCUCAGCACUACAAGGCAAGUCUGACCGCAACAUUCAAUCUUCACCCAGAUGCUAAGUAUGCUAUUGUGCUAGAAGAAGAUCUGGACAUCUCCAUUGACUUCUUCAGUUUUCUGAGUCAGACCAUCCACCUGUUGGACGAGGAUGACAGCCUGUAUUGCAUCUCAGCCUGGAAUGACCUGGGCUAUGAACACACAGCAGAGGAUGCUGCCUUGCUCUACAGAGUGGAGAGUAUGCCUGGCCUGGGCUGGGUCCUGAAAAAGAGUCUCUACAAGGAUGAACUGGAGCCAAAAUGGCCAACCCCUGAGAAGCUGUGGGAUUGGGACAUGUGGAUGCGGAUGCCAGAGCAGAGGAAAGGAAGGGAGUGUAUCAUCCCUGAUGUGUCCCGCACCUACCACUUUGGCAUCAUCGGCCUCAACAUGAAUGGAUAUUUCCAUGAGGUGUACUUCAAAAAACACAAGUUCAACACGGUUCCUCACGUGCAGCUGAAGAACGUGGACAGCCUAAAGAAGGAUGCAUAUGAAGUGGAAAUCCAAAACAUGCUUAAAGAGGCGGAGGUGCUGGACCACACCAAGAACCCGUGUGAGGACUCGUUACUGCCGGACUCUGAGGGGAAAGUCUACGUCAUGUUCAUCAGGAUGACGUCAGAGACGGACACCUCCACCUGGACUGAGCUCGCCAAGUGCCUUCAUGUUUGGGACCUAGAUGUUCGGGGAAAUCACAGAGGCCUGUGGCGACUCUUUCGAAAGAAGAGUCACGUCCUGGUGGUGGCCGUUCCGAUCUCCCCGUACUCAGUGAAGAAACCCACCAAUGUCACCCCCAUCCACUUAGAGCCCCUCCCCAAGGAAGAGGGUGCGCCAGCGGAUCAGCUGUAAAGCACACACACACACACACACACACACACACUACACUUUUUUAAACCAGCCCAGGCCUUAACAAGUAUUUCAACCACUAACAGUGAAGCCUGGGACCUUUUUAUGAUAAAAUAUAAUUCAUUCAACCAAUCCAUGACUUGAGGAGUUGGUAAGUUUUGUUACGAAGUGACUUUUUACAUUUUUAGAUCAACUCUUGCCCACCUAGCAGCAGAACUGAAACUACUGAGUGUACACAUUGUAUGUUAUAACUUAACUAUUUAUUUGCCUCUAGACUGAACAAAAUAAAUGAUACAAUGUACAUACAUACGUACAAACAUACAUAUAUAUUUGGAAUAAAUUAAAGUUGAUAUUUUUCAACUAAAGAGAACAAA